AUCUGAGCAGCGCCCCUGGAAUUCCAGACGGCAUUCCAAAGUGGCGUUCCCUUCCAUCCCCGAAGACCCUCCCCCCAAACCUGGGAUGUGCUGACGCCCGCCCCCCCCACGUUCUGGGAAAGACAGAGAGAGAGAGAGAGAGAGAGAGAGAGAGAGAGAGAGAGAGAGAGACAGAAGGGUGGGGCGCUGGUGUGACCAUCGCCUCUGGGGCUGAUCGCCCCCCGGAAUAGCAGGAAGGCCGGCCAACAUCCCACCGCCAUGGAGUUCCGGAAGGAGGAAUUCCAGAAACUGGCCGGGAAGACCUUGGGCCACCUGCACCGGCUCCUGGAGAAGCGGCAGGAGGGCUCGGAGAGGCUGGAGCUGACGGAGGAGGGCCGGCCGGUGGCCGUGUCGGAGCGGCGGAGGCCCGUGCUGGACUGCACGUGCUUCGGCCUGCCGCGCCGCUACAUCAUCGCCAUCAUGAGCGGCCUGGGCUUCUGCAUCAGCUUCGGCAUCCGCUGCAACCUGGGCGUGGCCAUCGUGAGCAUGGUCAACAACAGCACCGUGCGACAGGGAGACAAAGUCCUCAUCCAGAAAGCCCAGUUCGGUUGGGACCCCGAGACGGUAGGCCUCAUCCACGGCUCCUUUUUCUGGGGCUACAUCGUCACCCAGAUCCCCGGCGGGUUCAUUUGCCAGAAAUUCGCUGCCAACAGGGUGUUCGGCUUCGCCAUUGUGGCCACGUCCACGCUGAACAUGCUCAUUCCCUCCGCUGCACGCGUCCACUACGGCUGCGUCAUCUUCGUCCGCAUUUUGCAGGGCCUGGUGGAGGGGGUCACCUACCCAGCGUGCCACGGGAUCUGGAGCAAGUGGGCCCCCCCACUGGAGCGGAGUCGUCUGGCCACCACAGCCUUCUGCGGCUCCUACGCGGGGGCCGUGGUGGCAAUGCCUCUCGCCGGAGUCCUCGUCCAAUACUCAGGGUGGAGCUCUGUCUUCUACGUCUACGGCAGUUUCGGGAUCUUCUGGUACCUGUUCUGGCUCCUGGUCUCCUACGAGAGCCCCGCUCUGCACCCCAGUAUCUCGGAGGAGGAGAGGCGCUACAUCGAGGAGGCCAUCGGCGAGAGCGCCAACCUCGUGAACCCCGUCUCGAAGUUCAGCACUCCGUGGCGCAAGUUCUUCACGUCCAUGCCCGUCUACGCCAUCAUCGUGGCCAACUUCUGCCGCAGCUGGACUUUCUACCUGCUCCUCAUCUCCCAGCCCGCCUACUUCGAGGAGGUGUUCGGUUUUGAGAUCAGCAAGGUGGGGCUGGUCUCGGCCCUCCCCCACCUGGUCAUGACCAUCAUCGUGCCCAUCGGGGGCCAGAUCGCCGACUUCCUCCGCACGCGCCGCAUCAUGUCCACCACCAACGUGCGCAAGAUGAUGAACUGCGGCGGGUUCGGAAUGGAGGCUACCCUACUGCUGGUCGUUGGCUACUCCCACUCCAAAGGCGUGGCCAUCUCCUUCCUGGUUCUGGCCGUCGGCUUCAGUGGCUUCGCCAUCUCCGGCUUCAACGUUAACCACUUGGACAUCGCCCCUCGCUAUGCCAGCAUCCUCAUGGGCAUCUCCAACGGCGUGGGCACGCUGUCCGGCAUGGUCUGUCCCAUCAUCGUGGGCGCCAUGACCAAGCACAAGACGCGGGAAGAAUGGCAAUACGUAUUCCUCAUCGCCUCCCUGGUGCACUACGGCGGAGUUCUCUUCUACGGGAUCUUCGCCUCGGGAGAGAAGCAGCCAUGGGCCGAGCCCGAGGAGCAGAGCGAGGAGAAGUGUGGCUUCAUCCACCAGGACCAGCUGGGGGCCAGCGAGGAAGACGAGGACGAGGACGAGGAAGAUGGGGUGCCCCCGGCCCCCACGGGUCCCCCGGCCCGGCCCCCGGCCCCUCACGGCUACGGGGCGACCCGCUCCACCACUCGGGCCCCCAGCAACUGGGUCUCCUUCGACGACCCCGCGCCCUCCCGGCCUCUCGCCCCUGGCCGGGACUUCUGAGGCAGCCCCCUCUCUCCCCCCAUCCCAGGAGCGGGGCUAGUGAUGUCCUCUGUGCGUGUGAGAGACGGAGCGUCUGAUCGAAAAGGAGGUGUCCAGACACCCCCAGCCCUUCUCAGGCUGCAAUCGGGUUCAAACCACGGUUUCAAGCGCCCCCCCCAUCCUCCCUCAGCUGAUCUCAGGUGUUUCCAGCCCCCCCCAUUCCCCUUUUCCAACUAGUUGUGUCACAGACAACAGAGGGAACCUUUAGGGUGGGCCCGGGCUCCCUCUGUUUCCGCACUCCCAGCCCUUCUUUUGGCAGGACGAGAUCCUCUCCAAAGCACUCGAUCCGAUCGAUGGUUUCAGGCCCUCCCUACCACACCAGGCCAAUCCAUUCCAAGUUUCCUCAGAUGUUUGUGGAGUCUUCCCUCCCACUCUGAAUGGUUGCUACAAGACCUCCCUUGGGUGUUUCAGGGCCCCUCUCAAUUCCUAGCUGGCAGUUUCAAAUCUUCCUGCUCGGGUUUUGGAAGUGUUUGGACCCCUCCCCAACCAGCAAUUUCUCAAGGUCCUCUGUCUCUGACUACCCCCACCCCUAAAGUCUCAAGUCCCUCCGCUCGGGGGUUUUAUUCUCCCUCGGGCAAGUCCCCUCUCUAACUGGAAAGUCUUUUAUUAAUUGUCCUGAGGAGGGGAUUCGCCCCACACUCCUGACCAGCACUUUCAAGUCUCCUCAUCAGUCAUGUCAGGGUCUCUCUUUUCCCCCUGACCAGCAGUUUCAAGUUCUUCCCAAUCCUCUCUAUGAGCCUCUCUGUUCCAGACUGGCAAUUCCAGGGCUCCCUCUAGCCCCUGCCGGGGUUUCAAGGCCCGCCAAAGUCCUUCUUGAAUUGGUCCUGGGUCCAGCCCUGGUAGAAUUACUAUUGGGGUAUUGAGAGAUGUCACCCCAGGCCCCUUCUAGGCCAGCUACAAAUGCAGCCAUGAGGGUCCAGAGCAGGUGCCAAGGCAGUUUAGGUAGCUUCCCCGCACUUGCCCACUCUCCAAGAUAACACACCCCAGAAGGCCCUGGGACUCUGAGCCCCCUUCAUGCCAACUCUCCCAGAGAUUGGGAUAAAGAGGGAGCUCAAGGCUAUAAUUUUCCUCAAAACCCAGGUGGUUUCAGGCCUCCCUCUGAUCCCUGAUGGAUACUCCCCCCAGUCCUCCGAGUCUCUAGCCCCCCGAGACUUAGCAUCCCCUCCCUCCUGGGGGAGUCCCAACUCUCCCCCUCUGGGCACAAACGGAGGGUGAGGCCCUGCCCCCGCAUCCCCACAGCCGCUCUGCUCCCCUGGAACUGACAUCCACCAGCGUUUCUAGGAGACACGCGAGGAAUGACCCUCCUCCCCGCAGGGGAGCCAGUGGCGGGUGCCCUGGCCCAGCAGGCCCUAGACCGAUACCUCUAGCCUCCCGCACCUGCCCGCCUCGGCCUGGUCUCGAGGUCGGUUUGGAGCCCAAACCAGCCAGCUCUCUUUCCUGGGGCCCUCAGGUGCCCCCUACCCUGCCUAUGGUGCCCCAGGGACAGCUACUCACCCCCUUGCAUUUAUCUCUGAGGAUGUUUCUGGCACCCACCCUCAGCUCUGAGGGAUCUGAGCCCAGCGAUCUCCAUUCGUCCUUUGGGCAACACACCCAAUCACAAUGGCCAUUUCCUUUAUGGGCCCAAGAGCCCGCCACCCCUCACCCCUUCUCUGGCAUGGUCUUUAACUCACACUUUCAAAAUGGCCGUUCCCAGUCCCCAUCACCCCACAUCUAAAAUGGCCACCCACCUCCUGGCGGUUUCAACGUCCCUCGCCCUUCCGCCUGCACUUUCUCCAUGGUGGUUUCAAGGCCUCCCACUUCCUAGCACUUUACCAUAUCCUCCCUCCCUUCUGGUGGUUUUAAACCACUCCAAUCCAUUUCCCCCCCUAAGCCUUCACCAGCGGUCUCCAGACCCAUACCCCACCACCCCUUGGCGAGUACCCAAUCCGGGGUGAACGACUCAGAGUCCGGGUUUCCCCCCAAAUCCGGGGAUCCCAGUCCUCCUUCCCCCAUUCCCCUGGGGUCCCUGCUCCGUCUCUGUGUCUCUGUGUUGUGCUCCUGCUCUUGCCCACUUCCUUGUCUGAAUAAAAUGCUGUUGUGUAAAUAUAUAAAUACACCGUCCCAGCCCCCACCACUCCUUCCUUGCUUUGUUCCUGCAGGCUUGGGGGGCCAACACCUGCCCCCCACCCCAAUAACAUGGAUAUGCUGCCUCCCCAUCUCUCAGCUCCAAACACAGAUUCACACCACUGCCUCCUGA